AUGAAAGGACACGAGCAGGACGGAGGACAGGAACCGGGAAAACCCCCGAGGUUCCUCUGGUGCUUCACCGUCACGGCGAUCAGCUCUGAUUGGCUGAGGAGAGGCGAUGUGUUGCCGGUUGACGGUUCGAACCCCUGGCACCGAGGAACCACCGCUGGGACAGACCUGAACCCUGAGAAGUCCCCGGUGAAACCUGACGGACGUCACCUGAACGCAUCACGGCUGAUGAAAGCAGCGCUUUCUAACUUUAGUCCUCAGAGACUUUUGACAACAGUGGACAGAUUUUCUCCUCUUUCCUGCUCAGUGUGUGAAAUGUUUAGUUAUUCCUCUGCCUCCUUUAGUGAAGACGGUAAGUGCUUAAAGUGUAGCUUAUUUGCAGGGCUGGAGGCGAGGCUCAGUCAGUUAGAGGUCCGGUUUGGCCAACUAGACCAUAGUCCGAUAGAAUCCUCUGCGGACCGGCCCGUAGCAGCUGAGCGUAACCGCUCCCCUGCAGCUCCCCGGCAGCCGGCCAGGCAGGGCAGCUGGGUGACGGUUCGGAGGAAGGGUAGCCUUAAAGGGCUCACAGAACACCACCACCCGCUUCAUGUGUCUAACCGUUUUUCCCCACUCAGCGACACAUCUGUUGAGAAACAGACCCUGGUGAUUGGAGACUCUAUUGUGAGACAUGUGAGGCCGACUCCAGAGACCUUAGUUAGGUGUAUCCUGGGGGCCAGAGCGGGCGACAUAGAAGCAAAUUUGAAGCUACUGGCAAAGGGUAAUCGUAAAUAUGGUAAAGUUAUCAUCAAUGUCGGAGCUAAUGACUCCCGUCUUCGCCAGUCGGAAGUAACCAGAAUGAAUAUUGUCUCGGUGUGUAACUACGCCAAAACCAUGUCGGACUCCGUAGGUUUUUCUGGCCCCCUCCCCAAUCUGACCAGCGAUGACAUGUUUAGUCGCAUGCUCUCGCUCCGCCGCUGGUUGUCUCAGUGGUGUUCAGAAAACGACGUGGACUUUAUUGACAACUGGGAGACAUUCUGGGGAAAGCCCGGUCUGAUUAGAAGGGACGGCAUUCAUCCCACCCGGGAUGGUGCAGCUCUUAUGUCUAGAAAUCUGGCCAAUGUUAUUAGACACUCCCCCUGACAAUGCAGGGUCCAGGCCAGGAUGCAGAGCUGUAGUUUAACAGGGCUGGAGG